AUGUCUUCUUCAAGUUCUCAAUCGUCCGGGUCAAGUUUCAAUUGGGAUUGGCCUCGUCCACAGAUUGUGAACUGUAAUCACGAUCUUGAGGCUGAGCUCGUGACAUCUAGGACGGCUGCUAAUCCUGGUCGACGUUACUAUCGUUGUCCAAUAUGGAAGGAAGAUGAUUGCAGAUUCUUCCGUUGGUUUGAUGUGGGUCUAUCGCCAAGCCAAUACACUUACUUUAAAAGAAUCAAGCUCGAACGAGACAGGUCUGAAGAACAACUUCGAUGUAAGAAUAUUGUGGAAGGUCUUCUUGAAGAUAAAUUGCACAUGAAAAGUGACGAAUGUGAAGAUCUGAAGUUAAAAUUGAGCAUGAAGACUGAGGAGUGUGGAUAG